CCAGAGCCCCGGGGGCCCUGCCCCAGAGCGCGGCGGAGGCGGAGCGGGCGAGGCAGAGCGGAGCAGAGGCCGGCCCGCAGCCGCUCCGCCUCCCGGACAAACCAGCCCCGACGGCCCCGCCGCGGGCUCUCCAGGUGUCUGAGAACAGGUGCAUGGCGCCGCGGGGAGCGCGCUGAACCGGGUAGCGGGGCCGCUGGCGGCACCAUGGCCCUGGAGCAGGCUCUGCAGGCGGCGCGGCAGGGCGAGCUGGAUGUGCUGAAGUCCCUGCACACCGCCGGCCUGCUGGGGCCCUCGCUGCGCGACCCGCUGGACGCGCUGCCGGUGCACCACGCCGCCCGCGCCGGCAAGCUGCACUGUCUGCGCUUCCUGGUGGAGGAGGCCGCCCUGCCCGCCGCGGCUCGCGCGCGCAAUGGCGCCACGCCGGCCCACGACGCCGCCGCCACCGGCCACCUCUCCUGCCUGCAGUGGCUUCUCUCCGAGGGCGGCUGCCCGGUGCAGGACAAAGACAAUUCUGGUGCCACAGUCCUACAUCUAGCUUCCCGCUUCGGCCACCCCGAGGUGGUGGACUGGCUGCUUCGUCAUGGCGGUGGGGAUCCCACCGUGGCCACAGACACGGGUGCCCUGCCUGUCCACUAUGCUGCCGCCAAAGGAGACUUCCCCUCCCUGAGGCUUCUCGUUGGGCAUCACCCCGAGGGAGUGAAUGCCCAAACCAAGAACGGUGCCACACCCCUGUACCUGGCGUGCCAGGAGGGCCACCUGGAGGUGACGCAGUACCUGGUACAGGAGUGCGGUGCAGACCCGCACGUGAGCGCCCACGAUGGCAUGACCCCCCUGCACGCCGCGGCGCAGAUGGGCCACAGCCCGGUCAUCGUGUGGCUGGUGAGCUGCACCGACGUGAGCCUGUCGGAGCAGGACAAGGAUGGCGCCACAGCCAUGCACUUCGCGGCGAGCCGCGGCCACGCCAAAGUGCUCAGCUGGCUCCUGCUGCACGGCGGCGAGAUCUCCGCGGACCUGUGGGGCGGGACCCCACUGCAUGACGCGGCGGAGAACGGGGAGCUGGAGUGCUGCCAGAUCCUGGUAGUGAACGGCGCGGAGCUGGACGUGCGCGACCGCGACGGGUACACUGCCGCCGACCUCUCGGACUACAAUGGCCACAGCCACUGCACCGGCUACCUGCGCACCGUGGAGAACUUGAGCGUGGAGCAUCGUGUGCUGUCCCGGGAUACGUCUGCUGAGCUGGAGACCAAGCAGCCUGACUCGGGCAUGUCCUCACCCAAUACCACCAUGUCCGUCCAGCCACCGAACUUUGACCUCAGCUCGCCCACCAGCACCCUCUCCAACUAUGACUCCUGCUCCUCCAGCCACUCCAGCGUCAAGGGCCGGCACAUGGCUCCUGGGCUUCCUAGCUCAAGAGCUGCAGAUAUACAGAGCUACAUGGACAUGCUGAGCCCUGACCUGGGCCUGCCAUGGAACAAGACAGACAGAACCACACCACCACCACCGCCGCCGCCACCAAGCUUCCCUCCUCCGCCCCCGCCCCCAGACACCCAACUGCCCCCACCUCCACCGGGCUACCCAGCUCCCAAGCCCCCUGUGGGGCUACAUGCAGCUGACAUGUACAUGCAGACAAAGAACAAACUCCGCCACGUGGAGACCGAGGCCUUCAGGAAGGAGCUGAACUCCCGCGACGGCCACAACGCGCUGCGGAGGCAGGACUCCGGCCGCAAGCCCCGCGCCUUCAGUAAGCAGCCCAGCACCGGGGACUACUACGGCCAGCUGGGCCGCUGCCCCCGGGAGCCGCUGGCCGCACGCCGGGACAUGGCGCACAGCGAAGAGGUGCGUGCCCCGAGCACGCACCAGCCGGAUGCGGGGACCAGCCCGGCCGCCCCGCUUCUCACUCGCUGGCCCCUCUGCCCCCCGCAGGCGGCGCUGCUCCCUGGGAAUCACGUGCACAACGGCUGCGCUGCGGACCCUAAAGCGUCCAGGGAGCUGCCCCCGCCCCCGCCGCCGCCCCCGCUUCCCGAGGCCCUGAGCUCGCCGCCGCCUCCUCCGCCUCUGCCCUUCGAGGGUUCAGGCCCUGGCUGCGGACAGCGUCGGUCCUCGUCGUCCACCGGGAGCACCAAGUCUUUCAAUAUGAUGUCCCCAACGGGCGACAACUCAGAGCUACUGGCUGAGAUCAAGGCUGGCAAGAGUCUGAAGCCGACGCCGCAGAGCAAGGGACUGACCACGGUGUUCUCUGGCAGUGGGCAACCGGCCUCCCAGCCUGACUCACCACUGCAGCUGACAUCGCCCCCGCUGUCACGGGCCCGAAGCCCCACCCCACCGGCAGUGGGGCCGCAGCCACUGCUCAAUGGAAGCAUGGCACCGGCACCACCUGCCACCCCUGCACCAGGCGUACAGCUGGAUGUGGAGGCGCUCAUCCCCACGCACGACGAGCAGGGCCGGCCCAUACCUGAGUGGAAGCGCCAGGUGAUGGUGCGCAAGCUGCAGCUGAAGAUGCAGGAGGAGGAGGAGCAGAGACGGAAGCUGACGGCCGCGAGCUCGUGCUGCUACCCCCGCGAGGGCUGGAGGUACUCCCGGGAGCACAACGCCAUCCUCGGGCCCUUCGGCGAGCUCAUGACCGAGGCCGAUAUCCUCCGCAUUGAGCAGCAAAUUGAGAACCUGCAGGUUUUGCACAAGGCGCAGAAGCUGGAGGCGCACCUGGAGCAGCUGGAGCUGGAGCUGGAACAGCUGCUGCCCAUCUCGGCCGCCCUGUCGGCGCCGCGCUUCACCGUCGACCCGCGCCGCAUGCACGGCCGCGCAGCCAGUCUGCCUCUCUGGUGCAGCAAGAUCUCCACGCUGCUCAAGAGCAUGUCCACGCUGCUGGCCGCGCUGGGCGGCCGGCCCGCGCACCUGGCCGAGCUCCUGGCCGCCGACACGGGUCAGCCGCUGGCGCCGCUGCCCGACGCGCCCUGGCGCCCGGGUCCUCUGUGUUUGGGCCGCUCGCACUCGCUCAGCUGGUGCCGCGAGGCCGUGGCGCGCGAGAUCCUCGAGUGCGGCGUCUCGGUGCGGCACCUCUGCGCAGUCUAUGAGCUGCGCGCCCAGGGACCGGAGCCCGCCCGUGGCCCGCGAAACAAGCUCUCACGGCCCGCCGGCGCCCCGGGCCGCGAGCCCAUUCUCGAGGAGGACUACGUGGCGGUCGGACCCGGCGAGCCCCGCGACGCCGCUAACGGCCUGCCUGCCCCCGAGGAGCCUCCGGGCGCUCUGGGCCAGCCCGAGGCGCCAGGACGCCAGGCGGCGCCACCCGAGCCCGAGCAGCUAGCGCGCAGGCCGCCGCUCUCCACCGAGCUGUGCGGCGUCCAGGACUACAUCGACAUGCGCAAGGAGCGCAUCGUCUACCUCUUCCUGGACCACUGGCGCAGGUGGGCCUUCCGCGGCCCCGGGCGCCACGCCCAUGCGCGCCUGCGCAGACUGCUGCCCCGCGUGGUGGCCGGCGGCGCUUGCGCGCGGCCCGAGGCUGCCGACGGCCCCGAGCAGCGGCUGCUGCGCCUGCUGAAACAAAGGCAGCGGGUGGGCAAGCUGCUGGGCCACUGGCGGAGCCUGCUACAGCAGGUGCCGGCGCAGCAGCCGCGCGUCCCGGGCCUGGCACACAGCCUGUACUGGCCAGAGCACUUCCUGCCGCCCCUCGACGGCGGCGCGCCCCCGCGCUACGACAGCCUCACCCUUGACCUCUUCAUGCUCGGCUACUUCCAGCUGCUCGAGAUGGGCCUGAGUCGCGAGGAGCGCAAGUUCCGCCACCUGCUGUGCUAUGAGAUGUUCGACAGGCUGGGCAGCCACCCAUGGGAGCUCAUCCGCCUCUUCCACCGCGUGGUGCUGGAGGAGGUGGAGGCUGGCCGGCGCGGCUGGAGCGAUGGCUUCGAAGACCUCAGGCUCCAGUUCUUCGGAGAUAUCCCAGAGGCUGAGCCGGCCCAGGAAGAAGAGACGGAGAAGGCGCAAGAGGAGGAGAGGGAGCCGGGGGAAGAGGCCGCUACAGCCCACACGGAGGACUGGCCACAGGGGCAGCCCGAGGCCCCAGCACCUGCACCACAGCCCCCACCCCCGCCAGCCGCGCCUCCACCGACAUCGGACCCUCCUAGUUCAGAAGCCCCAGCGGAAGACACCCUGGAGCUGGUGUCUGAGAUGGGAGAAGGAGGAGGAGGACCGGCUGGCCAGCUUGCCUGCCUGGAGGCGGGACCUCCUGCGGAAGAAGCUAGAAGAGGAAAGGGAGCAGAAGCGGAAAGAGGAGGAGCGACAGAAGCAGGAGGAGCUGCAGCGGGAGAAAGAGCAGUCGGAGAAGCUGCGGACGCUGGGCUAUGACGAGACCAAGCUGGCGCCCUGGCAGCGACAGAUCAUCCUGAAGAAGGGGGACAUCGCUAAGUACUAAAUGCCGCCCUCUUGCCAGCCGACGCGCGAGCUAGGGGGACCCGUCCCCCACCCCCGCCCUGGCCUGCGCGGCCCGAGUGGAAGGGCUGGGAGCCGCGCCGCGCUCCUCUCCCGCGCUCGCAAACCUCCCUGACCCCACCCCAGCCCCCGCACCCCUAGCCUCCGCACCCCCAGCCCGGGGUGACGCUAGAGCGCGCGCGCGCGCCGCCGCCGCCGCCGCCGCCACCACCCAGGAAAGUGCCCGAGCUGCUGACGCGAAAAGAUGCUCCCUGUUUGCAUGACUAUUUACAUACAUUUGCAUGUCGUUGGCCGUCGGCAUGUGCAGAGCUCUCCGCAGCCCCGGGGGUGCGACUUGGCUUCCCUGCGGGGCGCAGCCUCCUCCCCCGCACCCCGGAACCCGCGUCGCCUGCGCAUCCUGGGCGGAGGCGGGCCCCGCGCUCUGGAAAGGGGUUUUCCUCCCUCCAUGACCCAGAUCUGUGCCCGGCGCCGCCCGGGCCGCAUUUCCCAUCCCCGCCAAGGGUUUCCUCUCAGUCAUUUGUUUACCAGAAAAGAUGAAAACUGCAAACUGCCCGUCGGGACGGAGCUGCCGCUCCCGGGGCCCCACCUCCGCCCCCACCUCCCUCCCGUUACGUCUGCGCCCCGGCCCCUUUCACCGCCUUGGU